GCGCCGCGCCUUCCCCGGAUCCCCUCUGCUGGGGCCCCGCCCCCACGCGGUCCGCUGGACGGGCUCGCGCCGCGCAGCGCCCCUCCACCCCCGCCCCCGCCCCCGCUCCCGCCUCUGCGGCUGCGCGCUCUCGGGGCCGAGGCCGAGGGGAGGGGGUCGCGCUGGGGGCCGGCUGAACUGCUGUGGCGGCAGCGAGAAACGGAGCGAGCCCGGCGGCCGCGGGCAGGCCCAGAGGCAACGGAGGAAGCCGUCAUGUCGCGCUACACGAGGCCCCCCAACACCUCCCUGUUCGUCAGGAACGUCGCGGACGCCACCAGGCCUGAGGACUUGCGCCGUGAGUUUGGUCGAUAUGGCCCUAUAGUAGACGUUUACAUUCCACUUGACUUCUACACCCGCCGCCCAAGAGGAUUUGCUUAUGUUCAAUAUCCUUUGUUUUACUUCAUAUUUGAAGAUGUUCGCGAUGCUGAAGAUGCUCUUUAUAACCUCAAUAGAAAAUGGGUAUGUGGCCGUCAAAUUGAAAUACAGUUUGCACAAGGUGAUCGAAAAACACCAGGCCAGAUGAAAUCAAAAGAACGUCACCCUUGUUCUCCAAGUGAUCAUAGGAGAUCAAGAAGCCCCAGCCAAAGGAGAACUCGAAGUAGAAGUUCUUCAUGGGGAAGAAAUAGGAGACGGUCUGAUAGCCUUAAAGAGUCUCGACACAGACGAUUUUCUUAUAGCCAGUCUAAAUCUCGCUCCAAAUCACUACCAAGGCGGUCUACCUCAGCAAGGCAGUCAAGAACUCCAAGAAGGAAUUCUGGUUCUAGAGGACGGUCAAGGUCCAAGUCCUUACCAAAAAGAUCCAAGUCAAUUGGAAAAUCACAAUCAAGUUCACCUCAAAAGCAGACUAGCUCAGGAACAAAAUCAAGAUCACAUGGAAGACAUUCUGACUCCAUAGCAAGAUCCCCCUGUAAAUCUCCCAAGGGGUAUACCAAUUCUGAAGUUAAAGCACAAACAGCAAAACACUCUCAUUUUCGAUCACAUUCCAGAUCUCGGAGUUAUCGUCAUAAAAACAGCUGGUGAACAGCCACAGAAGAGUGCUACAUAGUCUUGAAUGUGUUAUUAAACCUCUCAUUAUGUUAAAUAAAAAUUCUUCAAGGCUUAUA